UCCACGAGCCCGAGCCAGCCCCAGGCUCCCCUCUUCUGAGAGCCUUCCUCCGCGGCUUCUCCGAAGCGAGCGCGAUGGAGCUGCGAGCACUGCAGCGGCUGCAACUUUUCGUGGUGCUGCUCUGGGGUGCUUGUCAAAGAACAAAUGGUUGCAAUGAAACACUCAUGCUGGAAAGGUUGCCUGCAUGUGGCAAAGCAUUUGAAGACAUGAUGAGGAAAGUGGACAUAAAGAAUUGGUGCAACUUGACUGAAUUUAUCACGUACUAUGACAACUUUACCUCUUGCACAGAACUUGAAACCAACAUUGUGGGAUGCUUUUGGCCUAACCCCCUAACAGAGGGCUUCAUCACAGGGGUUCACAAACAGUUCUUCUCAAACUGUACAUCAGACAAAGUGCAUUGGGAAGACCCACCAGAUGAAAUUCUCAUUCCCCUGAUUCUGAUUCCUGUCCUGUUGACAGUGGGGAUGGCAAGCUUGGUCGUGUGGUGCAGUAAACGGAAUGAUGUUUUGGUGUAGUCUACAUUUUCCUCUUUUGACUCUUCUUUUUUAAAUUUUUUUUUUUUUGGAAAAAGCAGAAGUCAAGCAUCAGGAAUGAUUGGUCUAUGGCUGCUUGAGUCGAAACAGCUCCUAUCCAGAGGAAAUCUUUCUGGGUUUGAAAAGUCUUGUUGAAAAGCUGCCAUUUUGGAGUUUGGUUUGUGUGAUGGAACUUACUCAAUUUUAGAGAUGCAAAGAUACUGGGUUUCAUCAGAUUUCCAACCCUACCAGAGACAAAGUUGAAGUUUCUAGAGGAAUCGACAGUAUAUAUAUGGAAGCUGCUAAAUACAGAAAGAUAAAAGGCAAUCUGGGCCAGUGAGAACUAAGUUUAUCCAUUGUUUUUUGCUAAUCAUUCAUCUCACAAAUAGCUAUGAUAAAAUUGUAGUCACUUGUCUCUGAGUUGGUAGAGGGCUUGUGUUGUGAGCUUAACACCAAAGGCCUUCCACUAAUGGAUUUCACAGAAGACGAUCUCAGUUCUUUUAUUUGUAGCAAAGGGAAGAAAAUAUAACCAAAGAUGGGAACGGCUGUUUUGAAGACAACAAUUUAAAUGGCCACAUCAUACCUUUAAGGAAAAGGACUGUAUCACAUGAAGGGAUGAUAGCAGAAGUACUUUCUAGGGAUGGACUUCUUGACUUGAGGAGGACAUAGAAGGGGCUUUAAGAAGGAUGCAGAUCCCUUUCUCACAGUGUGGAAAGAGUGAAAGAAAGUGGACUGCCUUAAUUUAUUAAAGGGUAACGAAGGAGCUACAGACACAUCAGAUUCCUUCAUUUGUUCUUUAAUUAUUGUUGUAACUUUUAUGAAAAUAUGAAUACUCACCGGUUUCUUCCCAUGCCUCCUCUCUACUCCCAAAGGGAUUGCGUGCACAGUGUUCUAUAAAUAAUAGAAUACCCAGGCGGCAGAGAUGUCUUUGAAAUGUUAACUGUCAGAAACUAGCUUUCAUUUUAGAUAGACAGAUUAAGGACAGGCAUCAGGAAUGGGAAAAAAGGGCACAAGGAAGCUUGGAGCAGUCAGUAUGGGUUACAAAGAAUGAGGAAGAAAACAGCUCCUCCAGCAAAGUGGGAGAAAACAAUUACUACAUGUUGCCACAAAAAUGUGUAUGCCUGUGUAUUUGCUGGGCAAUUAUUUUUCUUGUUCCUUUUGUGAGCCCCUUUCCUGUCACUUCCCAAAUUGUCUUCUAAAUAUUCCAUGUGGAGUGAGUAGUCCAGUUUGGCUUCUUCAGCCAAAAUCUUUCAUUCUUCAAAUGUAUCUUUCCUGGAUCCCAGUUGGAUCUUUUAUUCUUAAGGGAGAAGAAUUUGUGUUUCUAAUAAUUGUGUGUAAAAUUCCUACAUGUAAGUUGUGUUUAUGGGUUUGAACUGUUCCGUGGUCCUCUGUUUUUAAAAUGUCUCUAAGUAAAUCUGUAUAUUUGUUGUUUUAUUUUUUUGUCUUCUUUCACACUGCUCCAGUAAAUGGUAACUGCCUUCACCAAUGCUGAGAGAAGUAGACCAUGUUAUUUAUUGGCUGUUGUUCUAAUAAUCGUAUUUCUAUUGAUUUCCUCCCCAAAUAAAUUAUGCAGAUUGG